UAUGAAAACGUUUGGCCAGCUGUAACGCCAGAUGGCAUUGCAAUCACACGGUUGCUCGACACGGUUCUUUGAAUUCGUAGUUCGCGCCUCGAGCACGAAUAGUCGUGUGAAAUCGUGUUCUUUGUUGGGUAUAUGUCUUGUGAUAUUAGGAGCGAGCAGAUACGGGUGUGCACAAGAGAAGUCGAGGAAUUUUGUAUUCUCGGGUCGGGAGUAUUGAGAAAAUUCGUGGAUAACAAAUCCAAAGAUUCAAAAUGACCGACAAGAAGAUUCCUAUUGGCAAAGGCCGAGGUUCCACUUUGUUGGAAAUGAUGAGAAAAAGAGAAAUACAGGAGAGAGAAAAACAAAAGGAACAAGAACGACUAGCACAUUCAAUAGAAACCCCAAGUCAGGAAUCCUCGAGUCAGACAAGAUCAUUUGAAAGAUAUUCACAAAGCUCAUUCGCAGAAUCAUCAGUUCACAGUAUCGGCCGUGGCCGUGCUCAAUUGUCAAGUCUAGUAAAGUCGCAUAGCAGCGGUAAUGAAUCAGAACCCAAGGCUUCAGCAGCAAUAAGCCAUGGGGUAGCAAAACAUGGAUCAUUAGGUCGAGGGUCUCUUAUUAGUUUGCUGCAGCAACGUGCUGAAGCAAGUUCCUCUAGUUCAAGCUCCACACAAGCGGGGCCAUCUGUUCAACAAAGUAAUAACAAUGAUGGAGUUUUAGGCAUGUUGGCUGAUCUUACGGUUUAUGAUAACCCGCCUGAAUUAGCUGCAGCAGCAGAUAUUUCACCUGAAUUAGCUGCGGCACCAGUAUGCCGACAAGGCAAAUGUGGAGAAAGAGUCAACGUAUUCGCUAAUUAUAUAGACUUGGAGAUAGAACCUGGCAAGGGUUUAUUCCAGUAUGAAGUAAAAUUCUCGCCGGAUAUAGAUUCGAGAGUAUUACGGCGCAAACUGUUGAAUCAACACGCUGCUAAAAUAGGGCAAACAAGAACAUUCGACGGAAUGAUACUUUUCCUGCCAAACAAACUGCCAGAGAACAUUAUACACUGCCAUUCUGAACACCCGGUAGACGGAUCGCAAGUGGCUCUUACAAUUAUUUAUAAGAAACAACAAUCGAUGAGUGAGAACGUCCAAUUCUUCAACGUUCUGUUCGGACGUAUUAUGCGCGCGCUUAGUUUAGUUCGCAUCGGCCGACAAAGUUUCAAUCCCAAAUGUUCACAUGAUAUAAGCCAGCACCAUUUGGAAGUAUGGCCCGGUUACGUGACCGCUGUAAACGAAUUCGAAGGUGGCUUAAAACUAUGUUUGGAUAUCAAACAUCGUGUUCUGCGCACGAUAACGGUGCGAGACUUAAUGACUGAUUUAUACCAAAGACAACGGCAUAAUUAUCAGGAGUAUGUGGCGAGGGAGAUAAUUGGUACGAGUGUAUUGACGCGAUAUAAUAACAGAACAUAUCGCAUCGACGAUAUCGCCUGGGAUAAAACUCCGGAGUAUAAGUUUUCUAAAAAUGGAGAGGAUAUAUCUUUGAUGAAUUAUUAUAAGAUAUUUUGCGGCAUCGAGAUACAAGACAAUACGCAACCGCUUUUGGUUCACAGAGCUACGGAGAGGACAGCGAGCGGCGAGAGGCAGGAGAGGAUAUUACUUUUGAUACCGGAACUGAGUUAUGUCGCGGGUCUCACAGACAGCAUCCGCUCCAAUUACAAGAUGAUGAAAGAUUUGGACGCGGUUACGAAAGUGUCGCCUAGUAGACGUCGCGACGAGAUCAGAUUAUUUGUGAAGGAAAUAAAAAAGAACGAAGUAACACGGGGAAUGUUGUCAGGAUGGGGUUUGCGUUUACGUGAUGACAUAGUUCAAUUUAACGGAAGGUCUCUCCCGCCCGAGCAGAUAUAUCUUGGAAAUAAUAAGACGAUCACGCAAAAUCCAAGCAAAAUUGGUGAUUGGACGACCUUUGUUACACGAAAUCCUGUAUUGCGUACGCCUCAUUUAAAUAAGUGGUAUAUCUUGUACGUUAGUAGAGAUGAAGUUGUCGUAAAAGAGUUUCUAAAAAUGGUACAGGGCAUCUCGAGAGCUAUCGGUAUGCGAGUGAGCAAACCACACUCGUUCGCAGUAAGGGACGAUAGGAGUGAAAGCUAUCUGCAAGAAGUACGAAGGCACUUCAACAAUGAUUACGAAUUGGCGGUCGUAGUAUUCCCGACUAACCGUACCGAUCGAUAUAGUUCAUUAAAAAGGUUGUGCUGCGUAGAGAAACCUAUAGCGUCGCAAGUAAUUAUCACAAAAACAAUUGCCAAUGCUGCGAAACUGAAAAGUGUCACAGAAAAAAUCAUGCUUCAGAUCAAUUGCAAAUUGGGAGGAGCUCUUUGGACUGUGGCUUUACCACUGAAACGUUCUAUGGUGUGUGGUAUAGAUGUAUAUCAUAGUGGUGUAGGAAGUGGCUCAAAACAGAGCGUUGCAGGGUUUGUGGCGAGUUUAGACGUUCAAUUGACCAAAUGGCACAGUAAAGUCUGUAUGCAGGCCUCCAAGCAGGAGUUGACAGAUAUGUUGCAAAUGUGCCUUGUUUCGGCUGUCAAUGCAUACCGCAGGCACAAUCAAGUUCUUCCGGAACGUAUAAUUAUAUAUCGCGAUGGAGUUGGCGACGGUGAUUUGGAUUAUGUCGUGAGAUAUGAAGUAAGGCAGCUAAUUGAAACAUUCAAUCGCAUUGAACCAAAUUAUAAACCACAACUCAGCGUGAUCGUUGUUCAAAAACGUAUAAACACGAGAUUGUUCAUCGAAAGUAAUGGAAACCUAGGAAAUCCCGAGGUAGGGACAGUGAUCGACUCCUGCAUCACUAGGCGGAAUUAUUACGAUUUUUUCCUCGUGCCGCAAAAUGUACGACAAGGUUCAGUAACACCUAUUCAUUAUAUCGUUAUCCAUGACACCUCGAACAUGGAAACUGAUCAUCUGCAACGACUCACAUACAAGCUUUGCCACUUGUACUACAAUUGGUCCGGUACAAUACGCAUACCUGCCCCCUGUCAGUACGCCCAUAAGUUGGUGUACCUGGUUGGUCAAAAUAUCCAAGUAGAACCACAUCAUUCCCUUAAUGAUAUCCUGUAUUAUCUAUAACAUUUCCAUCUUCACUUAAUACUGGAUACCCUAUAUCUUCAGUUCACAUUCGUUUCUUCUUUUCCUUCCUUCUGAGAUCAAGCACGUAUGAUGAUCCUCGUGCAAUAGAAAAUACGGGUAACAGGAUAUGAUAUACCGGUUACUUUAUUUAUACAAUAUACUAUUAAAGAUCGGUAUUGAUUCUCAUAAGUGACAACGAAUUCGAAGAAGCAUGUAUUGCGUCCAAAAAUUGCUAUCAAAGAUAUGCAAAAAAUAUUACAGCGGAAAAUCAUUACCAAGUAUAUUUGAUAAACAAUGCACUUGGGAUAUGUUUCCGCAUGCGUCCUUAUUUUUUUUUUCCCUUGUACGUAAAUAAUUAUGUAAACCAACUCUUACGAUUAUGUAAGAAUACGAAAAGAACAAUAUUUACGUAUAACAUUUGAUAAAAAUGAUAGUGUAAGUUUGAUAUUCUCAAAGAUAAAUCUAUCUCUUAAUUAUGUUUGUUACCGUAUCCUGCAAAGUAUAAAUAUAUUUUUUUUUAUCUGCAGGAAGAACAGGUGUGUGUGCGUGUGCGCGCGCGCGCGCGCGUGUGUGUAUGUGUGAGUGAAAAUAAUAGAGGUAAUAAUAUAAUGCUUCCUAUAUUAUAAGAGGCACAUUAUAAGAAUUUUUUUAUUUUUUCAAUAUUAAAAAUCCUCGAGCUUGCUACUCAGGAACUAAAUGUUUAAAUAAGCAAAAAUUAAAGAGAAUUUUAUUUUUAGG